AUGUCCGCGGAGCCGAAAUACCAAUGGAUCGACGGGGCUGAGCAUCUCCCCAAUUAUUCGCCUGGAGGCUAUCACCCCGUAGAGAUUGGGACCGUUCUGAAUGGCAGGUACCGCGUGAUAGACAAGCUUGGCUACGGGGGCUGGUCAACGGUAUGGCUCGUCCACGAUGCCCAGCAAACGCGAUACCUGGCGCUCAAGGUGGGCAUCGCUGAGUCUCUCCCCAGAGAGAUUCCUAUUCUCCGCGCACUUGGUGCACCCGGAGAUGUGCCCGGCUCAGACGCGGUUCCGCACCUUCUUGACGAGUUUACCGUCGAGGGCCCCAACGGAACGCAUCCCUGCUACGCGAUCGCACCUGCCCUGACCAACCUCAGAGACACGUCCUUCAGCCGCCUGUUCCGAAUCGACGUUGCUCGUGCGCUAUGUUACGAGCUUACGCUCGCCCUGGCGUUCGUGCACUCGCGAGGAAUUGUCCAUGGAGAUAUACAUCUUCGAAAUAUACUAGUUCGCGCGCGCGACAGCUUCGAUAAUCUGACCGUUGCCCAGUUCCGCGAAAAAUUCGGCGAGCCCGACGUAUACCCGGUAACCAGGAUCGAUGGCGAGGACCUGCCCCCAAACGUGCCCAGCACCGCCGUUGUGGCUCUAGAAAUGGGCAAGAAAGCCCAAGACUUUUCGAUACAAGAUGCGCGUUUGAUGCUAAGCGACUUUGGAGAAUCGUUCAUCCCCGCAAGCGAAGUUCGCCUUGGGAAGGAUUGUCAUACGGUCUUUGACUCUCGCCCGCCAGAGGCUUAUUUUGAGCCUGAUGCGCCUAUGUCUUUUCCAGCGGAUGUCUGGAGCCUAGCCAUUGCCAUCUGGGAUAUCAUAGGCAUGCAGCCGCUAUUCAGUAGCGCGUUCUAUUCUGAAGACGCGGUCCGGUGCCAGAUUGUCGACCAGUUGGGCCCAAUGCCCCCCGAGUGGUUUCAGAAGUGGCCAGAACGUGGCCAUUUUUUUGACGAGCAAGGCCAGCCCAUCGAUGGCCGACGCCCGUGGCCAGGGAUAGAGCAGGCUUUUGAAGACUGUGUGCAAUCUUUCAGGCGGCAGGACGGCAUGGGUGUAUUUUGUGACGAGGAAUCGGCGGCGCUCCUCAACCUUCUCAGGAGAAUGCUAGCAUACAAGCCCGAGCAGCGACCGACUCUGCAGCAAAUAAUCACGUCUCAAUGGAUGAGCGUGUGGGCAAGGAAGGACUAUGAGCAAAGCAGACGUUUGGAUUCCUAA